UUAUGCACCGUCAUCAACUCGAAUAAUUACCUGCCGUUGAUUAAGUUCCGGUAAUUUCGUCGAUCGGUGUGUUCCACGCGCGUGUUCUUCGUUAAUGAUUUAACGAGCCACGGAGAAAGUUUAUAAAGCGGAAACCUGAUUCGACGAUUCCGGUGUGUCAAGGUUCGAGGGGAAGGUGACGAGCAGGUUUCAGACGAGAAUCUUCAAGAUACCUCGAACGAAUCCGGCAAGAAACCUCGUCGACAGAAACGAACAUGCUUGUGAUAAACCAGCGUCAAAGGCAUCCUUGUUGGAGGAUGCUGCUCGCCAUCGUCAUUUUAUCCGGCCUCAUUAGGUAUUGCGAACCAAUGUCCACGAAGAGGCUAACAGACUCGUCUCCAUCGUCGUUACCCACGUUAUCGAGAAGUUCCGGUGAAUCCAGGUCACAGAAUCUUGGCUCGCCGAGUGAUCUAGCCUGGCAAGCUUGGCUCCUUCUGGGCUCGCAAACAGGGGGACACUCUAGCUUGGAUUCCGCCAGUUUUCUUAAACGAAUCACGCCUAAGAGCGUAUUCAUCGCUCCAGAACUACCAGCUUGUCCCGAUGGAUAUCGAGCGGACACGAUGGGCAGAUGCGUGAAAAGAGUGAUCAUCAAUCCUCAGGCUCACAUCGGUUUCCUUUUGCAACAAUUGAACAGCAGAUACAGUAACCAAGCUGGUGGUUCCGAAGUGUCGUCUAAUAAUAAAAAAAAGUCCAGUGGCCCGCUGCAGUUGAACAUCCCGUUGUUUUCCGACACGGACACCAAAUCGGUUCCGGUAGACCACGAGGAAACCAGAGGAGACCACUCGAUAAACAUACCGAUCGUGGUUCCUUCGAGAGAGGAUGUGCGAGUAGAGGAGAUAGAAGAGGAAGUGGAGGAAGUGAAGGAGGUAGAAAAAGCAAAGGAUUUAAUAGAAACGAAGAACGUAGAAGAAGCGACGGACGUAAUAGAAGUGAAGAGCGUGAAAGAAGCGAAGGACGUAAUAGAAGUGAAGAGCGUAAAAGAAGCGAAGGACGUAAUAGAAAUGAAGAAGAACAUAGAAGACAUGGAAGACGUAGAAGAACCGAAGGAGACGCUGAGCACCAGCGAAGGAAACGAGGAGGAGGAAGAGGAAGAGGAAGAGGAAGAGGAGAACGAACCCAGUGUCACCCCUGGGAACACCACUAUUUCUGACGAGCCUUCAGAAAACGAGGAGGACGAUCACAGUACCACGUCUACGCUCGACACGAUAGUUCCCGUAGCGGAGUUCGUAGACGAUACGAACGACACGAAUUUCUCCGGCGUGAUCGACUAUAAGAUCCCGAUCGAUCUUCCCGCGCCGUUGAAUACAUCCAACGUAAGAGCAACGAACGCUAGCGACGAUCAAGAAUUGUGGGGCGAAGAGUCGCAACUUUUGAACUCGACCGAAGUGUCACCGAUGUUAAUUCUUCUUUCAUCGACGACGACGACGAUGUCACCGAAUUCGAUAGCACCUGAGAUAGAACUAGAACUGGCCAACAGUACUCGGAGGACUGUUCAAUUGUAGUAUCGUUCUCCGUUUAUUAGAUCUUUUUCUUUUCUUUUAACUCAACUUCCUCUCGUGGAGGAACUACGAUCGAUGAUACCUGACCCUACUACCGGGGUCACAAGCAUCUUCUUCGUGAGUUCGUGAACCUAAAUCCCGGCAUGUGUGUACGACAUUGCGUAUAAACUACACGUAGUAACGCUAUAUAUGUAACGUUAUCGUAAUUCAUAAUUCGACUGUACGAAAGCAAAUUGCUGGAUUUACCUUAGGACGCUAUUUUCUUGUCGCUGAAUAUCGCACGUGAAAUUAUUCUUCAGUAUUUUAUCCUUCGCCUGUUUCUUAUCGUUUCUCAUUUAUUCCUUAUACGAAAAACGCAAGAUCGAUUGAUUUGCGAUUACUUCUCUUAUCAUCGUCACAUCAACAAGUUUUAAAGAAGACGGUCUUCUGACAAUCGAGCUAUGAUCCGUGAUCCAUCAAUUGUAUAUACAAGUUUUCCUUUCUGAGUUCAACUCAGUGUCUGAGACAUCGACACUUUGUGGCCUGAGACAUGUUCGACGUUUUACCAAUUAAUUUAUUAUAAUAACUUAUUUUUAAGAUAUGUUUUUAAUUUUUGACUAUAAUUUCACAGUUUCAUCGUCAACAACACAUCUGCGCUGAUGUGUUUCUAUUAAAUUAAGUUGUGCGUGCAUGGAUGUAAUAUAUAGUAUUAGUAUCAAAAUAUAAAAAAAAGAAUGUUUUACAAAGAACAACAUAGAAGGGUUAAAUAGGAUCUAUGGAUCUUCGCAAAGAAUCAAUCAAAAUCUUACCACGUUUUCAUAAUACUGAAAUUCAUAUAUGGAAGCGUGCUUGUAAUAAUAAUAUGACAUAGUAAGAACGCGCAUUUGUAUACUCGUAUAAUUACAAAUUACGACAUUUUCUAUCGAAUCACGAAAAGAUCAUUUUCGAAAAUACCCCUCUACUAUGUAUAUGUAUAUGCACCGGAAUCUGAGUUCACCAACUCACGGAGAACAUGCUUGUGACCCCGGUAUAUCGAAUCAGACUGAUUUUAGCGGUAUUUGCUUUAUUUAUAGAACAUUUAUAGAACAGAGAAAUCAUGAAUCCCUCUGUCACGAAUAAAUCUCUCGAAAGAGGUGCGCGUUAAUCUGCUCGGCAGCGACCAAGUAUUGUCCAUACAGCUUCAUCAUGUGCGUCAUCGUGUCUGCUCUUGUACGGAGAAACAUAAACUGUUGCGAUCGUACUUUCUUUCUUGAAAUUUGUUGUUUUUUUUUUCUUUUUAUACCUUUAAAAAAAGGCAGAGAGAAAUAGAGAGAGAGAGAGAGAGGGAGUGAAGAAGAGAAUUGUAGAACACGUGCUUUAGAAUUUUGAUAUAGAACAUAAAGAAAAGAUAUUAUGAUGUAAAAAGAAAAAAGAGUCUCGAUCUUCUUUUGACACAAAUCUUUUUAGAAUUUGUUUAGUUCAGGUGUAUACGCAGGACUAUUUCUUUUAGGAUAUUACAAUUGAAAAAAAUUAAUGAAAAUAAUUUUAUGUAUAAAUUAGUGACAGUUUCAUUAUGAAAACGUAUCUACUAGCAAUGUGACAUUUUCCUAUAAGAAUAUUAAUAAAUAAGUAAAAAAUUCGUUUCGCUUAAGAAACUUCAAUAUUUAUUAUUUUCUUUCAAUUUAAUUUUUAGAUUCCAAAUUGCAAUUGCACGUAUCAACCAACAUCAAAUGUACUGAUAUUUAUUUAAUUUUCAUCAAGAUACGAUUGACCAUUAACUAAAGGAGAUCAUCAUAUUAAAUUCUAUGAAGAACAAUGAACACUUACAUCUGCAAAAAUCGCAACACUCUAUGUCUCUCCAGUGUAAUUGAGUCGAAGCUUACACCUACAUUGUAUAGCGAAAAUACGUAUCUAUGUAGUAUGAAUGUUUCGGUAUGCGAUUUGAUCAUUGUUCUAUGCAAGCGCAGCGCUCCGAAAAUAAUGCUCGGAACAGUGUAAAUCGAAAUCACCUCGUCGUUCAGCUUUACGACUGUUGUUGCGAUAAUUCUUUUCCACUAUUUACACGUACGAUAACUUUUUUGUACGAGAAUACGCGGUAGAAUGCAUGCAAUUACGGAACAAAAAAUUCUUAUUAUCAGUAUCAGAAUCCAUCAGAUACCAUUCGAAUUUUCGACGAAAUGAAAUUAUAUCUAAUUACGUGUGAUUAUCACGUAGGUACGAAGCGAAAGUUACGAAUCUGACAUCGCGGCCAGUAAAUCUUUUUUACUGCUCUACGUAUGCUUCGAUGUGGUGUGUAAUCUCUCUUUCUCAUCUAUUUGAAUGUUGGUUCGUGUACAUAUUAAUUUUAUUAAGAGAAAUUGUAUAUACAAUGCAUAAUUAAGAAGCGUCAUCGGCGUUUUAAAUGUGUAUUAAUUGUAACUGUAUAAAAAUAUUAUUGUAUUAUUUAUAGCUAAAUAUAUCGAUGUAUAUUACACAUUGUCGUGUCGUCUCGUGUAGGAGUCGUUAGAUCGCAGAAUGGAAGAACUUAUAAAGAUCAUUCGAUGUUGGUCCUGUACCAAAA